CGGCGAUUCUAUUUCAGUGAUUGGCGUGCAGCUCCGAGCUCUACGGCAUCGUUUCAUUGAGAACUCUGGAAGCAGCGUCCUAUGCAUCUUGCGUUCAGAAGCAUGAAGGUGUGGCACACCGUGUUGGGCAUCAUCUUAUCAAGCUCCGUGACGACAGGCAACCUGUCCGACCAAAACAAGGUGUUGCACGACUUGUUCGCCAACAUCGGACCCAAUGAUCUCCCAUUGGAAGACUCGUACUUCACCAUCAGGGAGGACGGCGCACCGAAGAACAGCACGCUAUACCGCUUCAAUAUGACCAAUGGCUUCCUGAGAGACCUGCACCGGAAAUUCGCGCCCAAAUUCAAUGAAGAGUACUGCAAAGCCCGCCUGGACCCGUUCUUCAACAGCCUGUGGGUGAACUGCGACUUGGACCUGGAGGGCACGCUCGCCACCUACGAUGCGUCGCUCUCCUACGGCGCAAGCGUCGUGCACAGUUUUAAUGUCAAUGCCGUCAUUAUCAAGCACUCUGGAAUCAAUCUUCCCUUGCUGUCGGUGUACACCUACGGUAAUACGUGCAAGAUUAAUAAGUGUCAACUUCAUGGCUACGGCCUUUACAUCACAGCCUUUGAACUCAACACGACAACGUCUCCAAGAUUCCGUGACUUGACAUCAAAUCCAAAGUUCCAAAACUUUAAGAAGAACCAGACCUUGGCCCAAGAAGUCUGGACAGACUUUAAUGUGAAAAUGUACACUCAUAUCUUGCCUAUCAUCGUCAAAACAUUGAACGUGACGUAUCGCUCGGAAAUACCGAAAAGAAUGGCCAAGGUUGGAGCCUUGGACAAAACGCUCUUUCGCCUUUCUAAUAGGAGACUUGCUGCGUGAGCGCUGCAGCUGUUCAUAAGCAAGGCCAAAAAAAAAGUCAGAAAAAGAAGUAAAAGGAACACUAGAGUGGUUCAAA